AUGAAUCAUCGUCUUCCCGGAAUAAUCAGCCCUCUCAGUUACAUAACUACCGAUCCUAUUCGAUCCUCUGUUAAGCCUCCGAUACCGGUUUACUGCAAAACCACGAUUAACCAUUUGAAAUCUCUAACCGGUCUCGAUGUUUCACCUGGGCUCACCAAUCAAGAGAUCUCAGCCGUUGAAUCUUCUAUUGGCAUCUCCUUCCCUCUUGAUCUCCGUUCGAUCCUUCAGACGGGUCUUCCCGUGGGUACCAAGUUCCCCAACUGGCGAUCCGGGUCGACCCGGAAUAACCUCCUCCUCCUCUUCAAUCUCCCUCUUCUUCAUGUCUCCAAACUCGUCGUCAGAAACGGAUUCUGGGUCGAUUCUUGGGGAACCCGACCCGGGUCCGACGCGGAGGCUUUGUCGCUCGUUAAAAAGUUCAUGGAGUUCGCUCCGGUUCUCGUCCCCGUCUACGAGAACUUCUACGUUCCUUCGACGACGCCGAAUUUGGCGGGAAACCCUGUGUUUCGAAUCGACGGCGACGGAGUUACCGUUCUGAGCUGCGACGUCGCUGGGUUUCUCCAAGGCCUGAACGGAUCCGACGAUAUUCGGGAUUCAGGCGAUUCGCGACGACGGCGUCGGGUGGAAUUUUGGACUGACGUGGCGGAGAGAGGGAGGAUGACGGUGGCGCGUGGUCCCACGCGCGGGUGGUGGAGCGCUUUGAGCUGCGACGAGAGGAUAAGGGCGUGUUUGUGUUAA